GUGCUCCCGGGCAGCCUCCAUAUGCAUUUCCUACAGCUUAUGGAGCUCCAGCAACCUAUGGCCAACCUGCUGUUUGGAUGCCAGAACCACCUUCUAUUCCAAAUUGCCCUCCUGGAUUGGAAUAUUUAAGUCAGAUUGAUCAGGUAUUAAUCCAUCAGCAAAUUGAACUUCUGGAAAUUAUUACUGGCUUUGAGACUGCCAACAAAUAUGAAAUUAAAAAUGCUAUGGGGCAAAGGGUCUACUUUGCAGCUGAGGAAAACGACUGUUGCACUUUGAACUGCUGUGGACCAUCACGACCAUUUACAAUGAAAAUCAUGGACAAUAUGGGCCGGGAAGUCAUAAACCUCAUACGACCUUUGCGAUGCACCGGUUGCUGCUUUCCUUGCUGUUUACAGGAGCUUGAAGUUCAGGCUCCCCUAGGCACACCAGUUGGAUAUAUUAAACAGACCUGGCAUCCUUGUUUGCCAAAAUUUGUAAUACAGAAUGAAGCCCGGGAAGAUGUACUUAAAAUUGUUGGGCCCUGUGUAGUCUGCAGCUGUUGUUCAGAUAUUGAUUUUGAGGUAUUAUCUUUAGAUGAGAACAGUGUUGGAAAAAUUUCCAAGCAGUGGACUGGUUUCGUAAGGGAGGCUUUUACAGAUGCUGACAACUUUGGAAUCCAGUUUCCAAUGGAUCUUGAUGUGAAAAUGAAAGCUGUUAUGCUUGGAGCUUGCUUCCUUAUAGAUUUCAUGUUUUUUGAACAAUCAGGACAAAAGGGACAACAACGUUCUGGAGUCUGGUAACAGAGUACAGUCCUCAUUGUAGGAACUUAUAGUGAAGUAGUUUCAGCAUUUUUAUUUUCAGUGGAUGUCUCUUAUAAGAGAUUUUCAUUAAACAUUCUUUUUCUUUUGGCAUUAUACAAUAAUGCCAUAAUGCUUCUACAUAAGUAGGAUUUCAAAUUACUUUAAAAUUAUGAAGCUAUUUUAGAAUUAAUUGUUAUGUAUAACGACACAUUGAAAUGAUUAUAAGUGUUUAUAUUAAAUGUGAGGUCUUACCAUGCAUCCUCAACAUUUUUGUCAAAUAUUGUUAAUGUGAAUAUUAUACUUUGUACUGUAACUUGAAGUAAUAAUCAAAUUUAUAUUUUGUACAUAUAAAGUAAUUUUUUUAAAAUAA